AUGAGGCUCAGUUCAAGUAGCUUUUUCCCUUAAAUUGAACCAAAAUCUUUAAAAACCUUAAAUAGAGGAAGUACUUAGGAUGAAAACAGUUUCAACAAGCCUAGAUCUUCUAAGCUUAUUCAAUCUACAGAAAUUUUCGGCUAGCCAUUUAAAAAUAAAUCUAAUACAUUGUAAGUGGAUAAUAAGAAAAGAGCUUCAAUCACAUUAGGAGGUAGCCAGAAAGAAAUAAUAAAAACACUAAGCGAGAAAUUGGAUGAGCACUAAUACCUCAUUGACUCCCGCAAUCUUAAUAUAGAAGAAUUAGAAAAUUAAGUUAAAUUGAUAAAAGUAGAGCUUUAAAAUGAAAAAAUAGUUGUGCAAGUAAAAACGGAGUAGAACCUAAAAUUGUAGGACACAAAUGAAAAACUUAAUUCUCGAAUUAGAGUAUAAACUUAAAAGUUUGAUGAUUUGCAAGUUAAAUUUACUUCUUUAGAAUAAGAUUUCAAAACAAUAAAGGAGCUAGAAAAAUCAAGAAUGGAUUAAUGGAGUGUAAAAGAAUAAAACUAUCAAAAAAAAGUAGCAGAGCUAGAAGCAAAACUCAAUUCGUAGAAAGAAGAUUAAAAGUCAAAGGCUAAAAACGCUUUGAUAGAAGCCCAAAAGCAAAUUAAUGAGCUUCAAUUAUAAAUUAAGAGCUUGGAACAAAAUAUGGAAAAGGCUAAAGCUGAUUUAAAUAUUUAAGAAGAAAAGAUUAAAAGUCUUGAUAAAGAUAAGCUUUAGUACUGUUCAGAAGCUUUAGAACUGAGGUAAAAAUGCAGCUAUCAAAAAGAAAAGUUGGAAAACCAAUCAAAUGAAACUCAUAACUUAAAAGAACAGAACAAGCAGCUCCUUUAAGAAUAAUAAACAUUAAAAGCCUAGAUAAACGAACUUCAAAAGUCGCAACUUAUGCUAGGAGACUUGAGAUCAUAAACAUAGAGAUAUGCAAGCGAUUUUGAGAGACAAGUUCAGCAAAAUAAAGAUUAAAUUCAAAGAUUGGAAGCUGAUAUUGAAGGAUUCAAAAAAUAAGACAAAGAGAGAGUUGAUGAAAUAAAAACUUUGAAGUUAUAUAUAGAGAAAAAGGAUGAGAAAAUAGUAAAUUUGACAGAUCUUUUAUAGCAAGAAAAAUUAUAAAAAGGAGCAGAGUCUAAAGAUAAAGAGGUUAUACUAAAAGAAGUUCAAAAUCUUAAAGAAGUGAUAAAAUCCCUAAAUGAAAAUGUAAAUAGUGUCAAAUAGAAAGAAUAAAUAUUUAAAGUUAAUGUAGAUAAACUUGAAAAAGGUGAGUAAGAAAUAUUAAAGAGCCUGAAGUGCAACUACUGUUCUAAAUUUAUUAAAGAGCCUAUAACUAUCAUUCCAUGUGGGCAUUCUUUCUGCUUUUAGUGCAAGAAAGCCUAUGCUAAAGAUUGCAUAAAGUGUGGUCCAAAGGUAAAAGUCGAAGCUAUGUAUAGAAAUGAAUUACUUGAUGAUAUCAUAACGAUGUAUAAGACUAUGAAUAGUGUAAAAGAAUCACUAAUCAACUUGAUAAAGAUGAAGUGA